AUGGAGACUUGCACGGGACCUAGUUUGGUAGAAUCCGCAUUGAAGGAGCUCCACGCGUAUGCUAAGCUGCUCUAUCUCCGCAGUGGCCGCCAAUUUGAAGACAAAACCUCGUAUCAAGAGCCCGAAGACGAGGCAUCCCUAGAUGAAUCCGGAAAUGAAGGUGAUUCCUUCAAAAAUGUUCCCCUUGGCAACCUUGAUGAGGACCUUUUGCGUCGCGAAUUUCUGGACAGGCUGUCCGAGACCGUUUCUUCGGAGAAGAGAGGCCCCCAUGUUGUUGCCAGUCAUAUGUUCUACUGGCCCGAUAAGGUCAAAGUUUUUGUUGCGAUAAAUUUGGGGUUUGCCAAAGAUGAUGUUUUGUCUAGUUUCCUAGGCAACUUAUGUAUAGUGCUGAAGGAGAUUGCUGCUGUUCCAGACAACCAGACGGAGAAGCAUGAGAACGCACUUUGGCAAAUGUUGCUUCGCCACCAGUCCUCGAGACUGAACACCGCUAUUGGCGACGUGCAGAAAAUCAUGGAAAACUCCCAGUGGUUUCUUCCGCAGCACUCCUCUCUAGAGUCGACCAGCGAUGUUGUUGUUGUUACAGAUUUGGACGGAUUUAUACUUGAUUUAGGCCUAAAGCGAUUGGUUAAGUUGCUUUCUAGUGACGCUGACUCGGAUUUGGAAAGAUACGACAGUCUUGUGAGCUUGAGUUAUGUUCUCCACCAAGAUAUUCCGGUUGAGCGCUUCCAGGAUCUCGGUCCAGCAGGUGACAAACUACACCGAGCGAUUGGCUUCUUGGGCCGUCUUAAAAGGUCCUUCCAGAUCCUUGUUGCAGCCGCAAAGCAAAUACUCGGGUUCGAUGACCUGUCCCUUAUCCCCGUGGUUACAGAUAGAUUGAAGACUGGAAAGAAACGGUCUGGCCAGGAAUGGAAUCUCGACCAAACUCUUCACGCACUCAAGCUUCAGCUAAGCAAUACAGAGGUUGACAAGCUCUCCACCGGCUUUUCUCGACUGAAGUCCCCAACUUGGCAAGUGCACGCCGAAAUCCAGCUCAUACUCUUCAUCCUCAGUCACCCCGACCAAGUUGCCAACGGAAAGAGAUUUGACUACAUUGGCUGUAGCAGGUAUAGUUGCCUACUAUGUUCUAAAUUUCUUCACUAUUUCCAAGGCAUAAAAACGCGUGGGUGUCAUGGCAAGCUUUACAACCACAGCUGGACUCUUCCGCCUGGAGAUAACCUGGGGGAAGGCGAGCAGCAUAUGCUGUACGGGGCUGUGAUGGAGGUUAUAUCGUGGAUGCGAAAGGAGCUGAUUGGUAGUGUAAUGCUAUCGGCUCAGAGAAGAGCAGAGGUCAAGGAAUCUACAAUUGGUGGCAGUUUCAUUGCCAUCCCGGGGAUGAGUCAAGAAAAUCGCCAGCGAAGUUACGCCGUAUCCGAGUAUCUUCAUCGACAACGCGCUCAAAAUUCUCAUGUGCAAUCCAACAAGGAGAGGUUUGUUUCUUCAAUUCAUUUUUUCAUCGCUAUCCUCGACAUUUACAGAGAUGUAUGCUGA